GGCUCUGGUGUCCCGCCUGAGUUCCAGCCUCGCUGAGCCGGUGCCCCCAAGAGCUUCCUGCCGUGCCAGCCUCCCCGAGCACUGACCAUGUCUAUUAUGGACCACAGCCCCACCACGGGCGUGGUCACGGUCAUCGUCAUCCUCAUCGCCAUCGCCGCCCUGGGGGCCCUGAUCCUGGGCUGCUGGUGUUACCUGCGGCUGCAGCGCAUCAGCCAGUCGGAGGACGAGGAGAGCAUCGUCGGGGAUGGCGAGACCAAGGAGCCCUUCCUGCUGGUGCAGUACUCGGCCAGGGGACCGUGUGUGGAGAGGAAGGCCAAGCUGACCCCCAAUGGCCCGGAAGUCCACGGCUGAGCUGGGACGCGGGGGCUCCUGGGCCUGUUUGCAGCCAGCCAGGAGGUGCGAAACCACGGACAUGCCGCCGUUUGAGAGCAAGGCUUGACACUGCUGGCAUGGCCUUGCAGGCUUCUUCAUCGCAUGCACUGACUCUCGGGCUCCCAGCUGUCCCCAGCCGGGACUCGGUGGCCCUGGGCGUGCCCUCAGCCUCCUGCUGGGGCUGCCCAUUGCAGGCAGUGGGCAGGCCUGACCUUGCGGGGGCUCACGGCCCCAUAGCGCUUUCGUUACUUGAAUGUUUAGCUGAGCCUGUUUUUGAUGGAGCUACUACUGUAAGGUGUGAACUCACAAACCUGUGAACUGUAAAUAGGCCCCCGAAGCACGUCCUUAAGCCUUUUUUGCUGAUUUUUUAAAACAUUGUAUAGAGCACAUGGGACUGACCGACCGGACUCACGAUGGCUGUGGGGGAGGGUCUCAGACACUUGGCGGGGCCUCUAAUGUAUAUAACACGUGCGUGUGCAUGCAGAGGACGUGAGUAUCAGUGUCAGGUCUCACGGCCGCCCAGAGGGGGUGCUCUGGGGAUUUCUGCUUGGUUAGCAAUGGAUGAAAGAAGAACCACGCCCCCUCGUUCUCUAGGUAGACUCGGUUGGUCGGUGGAUUCCAGUUCCUGUUGAUAGUGGAGUUAUUGCAAGGAAGCUGCUGCGGCUGCCUGGGAGCCGGUGAAGGACGAGUCAGGGCACGAGUCCCGAUGGCUGCCAGGCGUCCUAGUGGCAGAGCAGUUUCUUGCCCCUUUGGUCUUGAGCAUGCUGAGCACUCCCCCGGCCCAGUCCCCACCCGCUGCCCCCACCGGGCGGUACAGAGUGCAGGCUCCGCUACAAACCCCAAAGCCCGUGGAGACGACCUUUCUCUGAAACCCAGUUGGCCCAGGAAAGAGAAAAUUGUGCUUUUUGGUUGUUGUUGUAUUUAACAUUUUCUGCACUGGAGGGCAGGGGGAGGGACUCUGAGGGUUUUCCGCCCCCCUUCCCUUUCUCACAAAUUAGCUUCCUUCCUUCUCAGAUUGCCACCCACCUGCUGGAUUUCGCUUUCCUCAGCGGGUCACCUGGAGGAGAGUCCCCUGACCCCGCUCUAGGAGCACCGAGCCUGUGCCCGUGCACGCGGGGGGCCCCAGGUGGCUCUGACAGCCGCGCUUGGUGGGCUCCGGGGAUGCAGGAGGAGAGUGGGUUUCAGGCCCGGGACUUGGUUUUCGCCCAGACGAGGAGUUGGUGGCUCUAGGCCGGGCCAGCGUCCCACAGCCUGCAUCUCCAGGGGGACCCUUUGUGUGCUUCAGUGCCCUCGCCUGGAUUAGCCCCACCACUGGAGGCACAUCCUGAGCUACCCUGACCCAACGGGACUUGUGUGGGCAUCCUUGGUGACAAACGGGGACCAGCCCCGGCUUGGCCUAGGAGCGCCGGCUCUCAGCACGGCCAGGGAGCCCCAGGGUGGCUCGUGGCUACCCCGCCCCCCUCCCCCUCCAAGCUCCAGCCUCCGGGUCCGGCUGAAGCCCACUCCUCUGGCCUCAUCCGGGUCUCCUCUAAAAAGCAUGUUGAACUAAUGUCCUUUCUAGAACCCCGAGGAGGGGUCUUAGGGACCACUUAUUUAGCAGCAUCCACCUAAAGUGGGGGUCAAACAGGAAGUAACAGCUUGGGGAGGGGAGGGGCUGCUAGGGAGGAAUCUGAGCUGAGGGCAGGAGCGAGGGACCACGAUGGGCUAGAGGGGCCCUUAGGGGGCAGCUGGCAUCAAGACAGGAGAGGAAAGGUCUUUGGCCCCUAACUGGGCAUGGGCAAGCGCGAGACCAACAGAGGCCUGCGGGCUGGAGUGGGGGACGGGGUGCGGGUGGGGCAGGGCGGCAGGAGUCCCAGAGGUGCCGACUGGAAGAUGGGGAGCAGCUCUGCUCUCUAAUGAAGGCGGCUCAAGAGGCACGUGGGAGCUCUAGGGUCUUGGACCCAUUCCCCUCGCCUUCCAGAACUUCCGAGCCUUCUACCUCUACUUUCCGCAGGCAGCAGCACCCCCUAGGAUGUGUGCCCACCCAGUACCUGAGGAGCCCCUGGGACUUGCAUUUUCUGUCUCUGAGCCUGGCCCGGGAAAGGACCAUGGCUUGGCCGUCACGCUUGCCCUGAGGUCUUUACUGGGCCAGUGAGGUUUUGGUUUUGAAAUGAUGAAACGUCACUUUCUCCUCCGUUUCUCUUCUCCAGGUCCCUUCUCCCCCUGCGCGGUUGUCGGGACGACGCCUCUGCAGCUUGCAGCAGGCCCGUGGGUGUGGUGGCAGUGCUGGGUCACAGGCGUGGAGGGGCACUCACGGGGUCUCCGGGAGUGGUCGUGAAACUGCCUGUAGAACUGGUGAAUGGCCACAUAAUCGGUUUCACUGUUCCUGUUUAUCAAUAGCUACUUUUUAUAGCAUCGACACCAGAGCCGCACACUCAAAUGGCUUAGUCAAGUUAUGGCCUCUCAUUGAAUUCGCUCUGAAUAGCCUGACUGUUGCGUUUAAGUUUUCUGACUAGUCAGGCAAAAUUAAUCUUUCAUCCUCCGUGUCAUCGCAGAAGCGCCAGGAGGGGGAACGGGGAGACACACUGACACUGAGCCACCAAAACAGGGACCGAUUUUUCAGACAGAUCUUCAAGUGGCCUGUGCUACUGUUUUGUCUCAAAGCUAUCAACUCCGUGCAAUAAGUGCAAGGGAUGUCAUCCCUGUUCAAUAAAAGCUGAGUGACAUUCAAACUGA